GUCGACUCUAACCAGAGUCCACUGUACUGCACUCAUUUAUAAAAAAAUGCCAUUGUUCACUUGUUUUACACGAAGAAAACUUGGCUGCCUUUCCAACAGACGGCUUAUGAGCGAGCGACUUUUGGAGGGACGAAGUGUAAUAUGUAAAGACAGAGAGGUAAAGAUGCUCCAACGGAACAAAACCGGCCAUGCCGUUCACCGCAAUGGUUGCGUAGCGUACGGCAAGUGGGCUUGGUAGAGACAACCAUUCUUCAUUCGUUCAAAAACUAAUCAGAGUGUGUGCAGAGACGGUGGAAACACAAAGCCUGAGCCACUCGUCUAUGAUCUUGCAAUUCAUUCCCACUCCGAUACGACGAAGUCUUUAUUGAUUUGAUGCGGGGAACUCUUAUAUGCUAAUCCUGUUUAUGUUGGGAUAUGUAAUAAUGAUGUUGUUGAGCCCUUUGACGCUCGUUUGUGGAAAAUUUUCUAAGUUUUGUAACGAAGGGGUGCACGAAAGAGCUAAUGAGUUUCGUCGAAACGUGGCGACGGCACGAAAGCCGUCGUUCGAAUGGACAAUCAGGUGGGUGGUGUAGAAGUGGGAGGGAUUUCGAUGAUCGAGUCGUCAGGACUAGCAGACUUGUCUGACAUCCCAGAAUUGUUAGAGUCGGAAUCAACGAGCCUCAGUCCACUCGCUAAUUCCCUCGAUCAUCAUUUGGCGAUACAAGAGGAUAAGGAAUCUAGUACUGAUGUAAACAUGGGCAUUGAAAAUACCUGGACUGAAGCAAAUUGUUCAAGAUCUGACGUCGUCAGUGUGGCAAUACCCCUUCCUCCACCGCAGGCGUUUGAUGAUUUCGCUGAUGUAGGCGCAGAUCCAACCAGAGAAAUUACUAGCGCUGAGUACGGUCCGUUCUUCCCACCGAGUUCAACCCUGAAUAAUUUGUUUUCGGAUUCUGCAGAUAUCCAGGAGGACACAAUUAUCGAAGUUACAACCCCCGCUGGAGUUUGUGGUCUUCGAAAUCUUGGGAACACGUGCUUCAUGGCUGCUGGACUACAGUGUCUAACUGCAACGCCUCCUGUUUUGAUACACUUUCUGCAGAUGCAGCAGGAAGAUGAGAAAUCACCUCCACCAGGAUCUUUGAUGGAGAACUUCAGCUCGCUGUUGAGCAAAAUGUGGUCCGGGAGGUAUAGUGUUGUGAGGCCGUUUGAGUUUAAACAAACUUUAGGAGCGUAUCAUUCACAAUUCAAGGAUUAUAGACAGCAUGAUUGUCAAGAGUUUCUUGCUCUAUUACUCGACUCUCUCCACGAACAAAUGAAUACUGCCAAGUCUACCAAGAGCUGCCAAAUGCCACCCUCAACUGCGAUCACUGCCAACUCUCUUAGUAUGAAUAAAAACUGCGACAAAUUAUCGUCAACAUUUGAUGCUAUCGUCACUGCCUCUAAUAACUGUAAUGAUGAUCUCAUGGAUACGUACGACAAUUCACCUUCAUCAGAAUGUCCGAAUAGUCCUAAUGUAACGAUGGCUGGCUCACCGAGAGGUUUAGAUUCUCCAAUGGACGGUUUGGACAGUGCAGCGAACUCCCCCUCAGGUUCUCCAUUGAAUGAUGACGAGGAAACUCUCGAAUCGGACGAACUAUUAGAUCCGAAAUCGAGUUUCAUUCAUAACAAAACACACAGCGAAGAAGACUCGUUGUACGAGUUUGGUGAACUAAUGGAGUUGUCAAAGAAAUCAAAUCACUACAAUAAAUAUAUCGACAUCGUAAAAGAUGCGAAGACAAGCAAUGCUAAUUUCCUGGUGACUCCCCAGGAGUGCAACAACGAGAUUCAUUACGACUCCCAGAAAUUUCCCAAGGAUAAUCUUCGUCGUAUGGCACUGGUCAACUCGAACUUAACUGAGAAUCACGAUUUUGAUCAUAAAAAUUUGAGUAUCAAGAGGAUUAAAGAGGUCAAUGUACAAAAGUCUAAUUGCAGUGAUUGCUUGGCAGGGGGGUCGGAUACAGAGUGUGAAAGCGCUUCGGAAAAGUGUAAUGUUAAGAGAAUGAGACUUGAAGAUCAUGAAAAAAAUCGCAGGAGAGAUGGACUGGGUACCAGUGGGGUUUUGUUUUUAAGGACAAUGCAAAAUUGUGAGAAUGGUGCUAUUGCUGCGCAGGAUGAAGUUGAGGCUGAUAAACACUGGGCUAAACAUCUCAAGUCCAAUAGAAGUGUGAUCAUUGAUACCUUUCAAGGACAGUUUAAGAGCACGGUGGUCUGUGCUGUCUGUCAACAUGUAUCGGUAACGUACGAGCCCUUUAUGUACCUUUCGGUGCCUCUUCCACAUGCGAUGGAAAGGCAACUUACCGUUACCUAUAUCCCAGCGACCAAUGAACCUCCACUUCGAUGUGUUGUAUCCCUCAACAAACAAUCCAAUAUUGGAAAAUUGAAGGAAGAAUUACUUAAAACGUUGGAGAAAGAUGAUGUCCCCACGGGUAAUGUGGCCCUAGCGGAGGUAUUGGAAAAUCACAUAUCAAGAAUCGUGGAUGAUAACUUAUUAUUGAGACACGUUAAAGAUGUGAGUCGAUCGAUAUACGCGUUUGAGUUGAUGGAUCCUCCAGACGUUUACAUACCAACGAACGAGGGUGGUAGUGAUCGUCUAACAGAGACUGAACCCUGUCAGAAUGUUGCCAACACAGAAGAGGAAAUUGGUCCGUGUACAAUAUGUCUCGAGGAAUUGGAUGGAGACCUGAUGAAACAUGGUGGCAACAGCUGCAGUUUCAUCAUGUGUGAAACCUGUAUUGAGGACUACUUCAAGAGCCAAAAGGAGUCACGAACGUGUCUAGUGUGCUAUGCUCAGGUGGAGCCCUCAUCCUUCACGAAAAUCGAUCAGACAGGCAAACCCAGACCAGCUGUGAGAAUACUUAAUGUACCAGUGAUACUGCGGUACGAUAUGAACAACGACGAAGCUCCGAAUAAUCAAAAGAAGACGGAAUUAUGUGGGUAUCCACACCUGGUGAGACUGCCUUCAAGGGUAAAUGCUAAGAACCUUCACGAGGUUUUCAAGAGGAUCGUGCCACAGGAGAAAAGCUAUACGAUUCAUUUCGUCGAUGGCCAGGGUCACCACUGCUCGCGAUGUAUGUAUAAUACCCACUGUACUGGCUGCCCUGUCCCAGAAACUGGAAUGGUAUCCCUACAGACUAGUGAUACGUUAGCAAUUCGGUAUACAGAUAAUAUUCCGAAAAUACCACCACCAAGAGAUCACGUCAGUGUUAGCAAACAACGUCCACCACAUCCUUUAUCUCUCUACGACUGUUUGCAGGCAUUCACUCAAAGUGAGAUAUUGGAUGAACAUAAUCCUUGGUUCUGUCCUAAGUGUGAGAGGAACCAGUGUGCCACCAAAACUCUCGCUGUUCAUCGGUAUCCCAAGUACCUCAUAGUGUAUUUGAAGCGAUUUGUAUUCCACGAAUGUGUCAGCAUGAAAUUGGAAGACAAAGUGACUUUUCCUCUGGUUGGACUGAGUGUGGGGCGACAUUUGUAUGAUCUCUACGCUUGUGUUUGUCAUUUUGGAGGUGUUUCAGCUGGGCAUUACACUGCGUAUGCGAAAAAUCCACGCACUGAUUGUUGGCAUCACUACAACGAUGAGGUCACCAGUAGACAAAAGCCCCAGGAGGAGGACUUCAGUAACGCCUAUAUCCUGUUUUACAACCGACAGGGGACCAACUCAAAGCCGUGUAAUAUAUAAGUCGCACACGUGGUUACGUCAGGAAACUUAGAAAAACAAAAUAAGUUCAAUAAGCAUGAAUGAAGAAAGAAGAGAAUUGAAAUAGCGAGAAAAGGUCUAUUUGGGAUCAUUCUGCAUUCGCUUCUUAAUGUUUUUUCAACUCAAGCAAAAUAGACAUUUUAAUUAAAACCAUUGCCACUGAAGUGAUAAUUUCCGAAACAAACGAGAAAAAAACGUACGAACUCGGAAAAAUUGAAAUGAUUGUUUUUUAUCCAUUUUUUUAUUUAAAAAAAAGGAACUAACGAUAAUCGAAUCUGAAAACUAUUGUUAUCGUUGUGAAAUGUGAAAAUGUGCAGUUGUGUUAUAUUAAUUAAUUUUUUUUUUAUUUAUGAGCUCAAAGCAAAAGAUGAAAGAACAAAAAAUGAAAUGUCAGUUUUUUUUUUAUUAAAUAACAUUUCUUCUUCAUGUAACUAGUGAUAAAGAGUGAGAGUAAUUGGAGGAGAAAUUGGAGUCUUAGUAAUGAAAUGAUGUAAAUCGGCAGUCUUGAUAUUGAAAUGGAAAAAAAUGCGUAAAAAAUCUGACAAUUAAUAUUGAUAAAGGAAUUUAUAAAUGACUUGCUCGUUACCCCUGUGACAACUUAAGUUCGUACUCCGAAAUCAAGCCUGGAACCGAUAUAAAUUAUUAGGAAAUUGAAUAAAAAACAAACAGAGAGA